GUAUAUGUACAAAGUUAUUAAGUAUGUACCUAUGUAAUUUAAAACGGCACAGGAAAAUGUGAUUGUUAUGAAUUUAGACGGCACAAUGCAAAUUAAAACAAUGAUAGCUUAAUACAAAAUAAUAAUAACUGUACUUAUAGCGACUUAUAUAGUAAUGCAUUAAACAAAAUAGUAGAUGCAUAUACCUGUCUUGUGCUUUAUAUUACUUUCAAAAUGUGCUCGAAACGUCGAAUGUGAAUUCCUGUGAAUAUGGCCCAUAAAUAUAAUAACGGACCUGAUCAGGUCGUCCCUUCUGAUGACAUUUUUACUGUAAAAGCUGACGGAUAUGUACGACUUCGAAUUCCAGAAAGUGGUAAAGCAAUUGAAACAAUUACGCCAAUUUCAAUACCCAGUUUACUUAAACGUUCAGCAGAGGAAUUUCCAGAUCAUACUGCCUUAGCAGCGAAAGUUAACGGAAAGUGGGAAAAAAUUACCUAUCAGCAAUACUUAGUAAAUGUCCGUACCUGCGCCAAAGCCUUUCUAGCAUUAGGGUUAGAGAGGAUGCAUUCCGUCUGUAUUUUGGGUUUUAACAGUCCUGAGUGGUUUAUAGCGGAUCUAGGUGCCAUAUUUGCAGGAGGUAUUGCAGUGGGUAUAUAUACCACAAAUUCGGCGGAAGCGUGUUUAUAUUGUGCAAAAAGUAGUAGCGCAAAUAUUAUGGUAGUUGAGGAUGAAACACAGCUACAAAAAGUUCUUUCAUUUCGUUCGGAAAUACCCGACUUGAAAGCUAUUGUACAAUAUACUGGAGAACCAAGUCAUCCAGAUGUUAUUAGCUGGAAACGACUAAUGGAAAUUGGGGAUCAACAAACCGAUGAUUUAUUAGAAGAAUCAUUGAAGAAAAUAGCGGUGAAUCAAUGCUGUACAUUAGUUUACACUUCUGGAACGGUCGGCAGUCCAAAAGCUGUAAUGCUAAAUCAUGACAACUUUACAUGGGACGCUUUGGCUAUUUCUGAAAGACUGACGAUAGAAAGGGGUAACGAAAUUUUAAUAAGUUACCUCCCUCUCAGUCACGUUGCAGCUCAAGUAGUAGAUAUAUAUAUUACAAUGACAGUAGGGGCGUCAGUAUAUUUUGCAGAUAAACACGCCUUAAAAGGCAGUUUGGUAAAUACUAUGCAAGAAGUUCAGCCUACGAAAUUCUUAGCUGUACCAAGAGUAUGGGAAAAAAUUUACGAAAAAAUGAUGCAAGUUGCAUCUCAAAAUGGAUACCUGAAGAGAUCUAUUGCAACUUGGGCUAAGGCACAUGCACUUCAAUACCACAUUAAUAGAAUUAAAGGAAUAAAAUCAAAUUCAUGGGGUUACAGUUUAGCCAGUGUUCUAAUAUUUAAGAAAAUUAAGCAGGCCUUGGGUUUAAACCGUUGCACCUUUUGCGCUUCUGCUGCUGCUCCUUUAUCGCCCGAUUUAAAAAAGUAUUUUCUGAGCAUCGAUAUACCCAUAAUGGACGCGUUUGGUAUGUCCGAAGCAAGUGGUGCACACACAGUUUGCAUUGACGGAGCUACUAAUCUGGACACCAUUGGCAUGGCCUUGCCGGGAACGAAAUCGACUUUAUAUAAUGAACAAGAUGGACAAGGCGAACUUUGCAUGUAUGGCAGACAUAUUUUCAUGGGAUACUUAAAUGAUCCUGAAAAAACUGCUGAAACUCUGGAUUCUGAUGGAUGGCUGCACACUGGUGAUUUAGGCCAUAUCGACGAAACAGGUUUCUUAUACAUCACUGGUAGAUUAAAAGAACUGCUCAUUACAGCUGGAGGAGAAAACGUACCACCCGUACCUAUCGAACAAUUAGUUCAAAUUGAACUUCCUUGUAUAAGUAAUGCCUUUUUAGUGGGUGAUAGAAAAAAAUUUCUCUCUAUUUUACUCACCUUCAAAUCAGAAAUUGAUAACGAAACAGGCGCUCCAUUAGAUACGUUGACGCCAAGUGUACAGGAAUGGUUGAUACAAUUAGGUUGUCCUGCAACUACAGUUACUGAAAUUCUUAAUGCCGGUCCUGAUUCUAGACUUUUAGAAGCCCUUAAAAAAGGGAUUGACCGUGUUAAUCAGCAAGCUACUUCCAAUGCGCAAAGGAUACAAAAAUUAGCUGUGCUUCCAGCAGACUUUUCAGUUGCCACAGGAGAAUUAGGUCCAACUAUGAAAGUGAAAAGAAGGAUAGUGGAACAAAAAUAUGGUGAUAUUAUUGAAAGACUUUAUAAUUAGUUAGUAUUGAUAUAUGGUUAUAUAAGGUAUAGAAAAAUAAAAAUCAGAUUUCUCAAAA